AUGGGAGUUUGCUGCACUGCAGAACACAAGUUGCGUAGUCCAUCAUCUGGCACUUUGAUUCCAAAAUCAGAAAUUUCACAACUAACACGACUUGAUAGUAAUAAUCAACUAGGCAUCGCAAAACAUUAUGAAUUUUUAAAAGUCCUUGGGUACGGACAGUUUGGAACAGUGCGAGAAGCUUAUAAAAUUGAAAGAAGCCCUAUGCAUAAUGAUAAUGACUCAACUAAAUUCAAGAGAUAUGCUGUUAAAUCAAUAAAUAAGGAUCGAGUCAAAAAAGGGAUCAAUAUGCUGAAACGCGAGUUAGAAACUUUACAAAUAUUAGACCAUCCCAAUAUAGUAAAACUCUAUGAAAUUUACGAAGACAGUAAGUAUAUUCACUUGGUUAUGGAGCUAUGCACAGGAGGAGAUUUAUUUGAUCAUUUGAUAUCUAAAGGGUAUUUAAUUGAAUCGGAAGUUGCACAAAUCAUGAGAAAAAUGCUUUCAGCAGUAAACUAUUUGCAUAGCCUACACAUCUGCCACAGAGAUAUUAAGCCAGAAAACUUUCUAUUUACAGCACAAGAUGAUCUUUCUGAAGUAAAAUUAGUUGAUUUUGGGAUGUCAGUUAAAUUUGGAGAUGACGGGAUGGAUACAAUGCUAGGAACACCUUAUUAUCUUGCUCCUGAAAUAUUAAAAGGUAGAUACGGCAAAGAAUGUGAUGUAUGAUCAUUUGGAGUCGUAAUGUAUUAUUUAUUGAGUGGGAAACAGCCAUUUAAAGGUGCCAAUAUACAAGAAUUAUUCCAAAACAUAAGGGUUGGAAAAUAUGCUUUCGAUGACGACAGAUGGAAUAAUAUUUCAAUAGCAGCAAGGCAGCUUAUCUCAAAAAUGCUCACAGUAAACCCUGAAGCCAGGAUCUCCAUUUCCAAUGCCCUUAAGCAUGAAUGGUUUACUUCAUAUUCUCAGGACCAACAGACAGGCAUAAAAAUUGAGCUUUUUAACUCAAUUAAAACAUUUAAACGGCAAAGCAAGCUUUGAAGAGAAGCUAUGAAAGUUUUCGUAAGGAAUUUAAGUGAAGAACAGCUAGAAGAGCUUCAUCAUGCAUUUGAUGAAAUUGAUAGAUCUAAAACAGGAGUCAUUACCCCUUCAGAUAUAGAAUGUGCAAUGAGGAGAAAUGGCUAUGUCAUUGCUAUGGAUGAGUUCCAAAAAUUAACAAGCACAAUCCAAGACAUCGGACAAGGCCGGCUAAACUAUACACAAUUUUUAAUUGCUGCAAUGGAUAGAAAACGACUGAUGAACGAAGAAGGCAUGUGAGAUGUCUUUAGGCAUUUUGACCUUGAUGGAAAUGGGGAAAUCACUGUUAAAGAGCUGAAAUAUGCUUUGGAAAAAGCAGGCUGCUGCGUAAGUGAUAAUGAUUUUCAAGAAAUUAUUGAGGAGUUUCACUUAAAAGGAGGGGAUAGUAUGGGGUUCGAUAAAUUCAAGGAAAUUAUGAUGUGUAAAUUUUAUUUAGGCUUUUCAGAAGAAAAUACACCAGCUGGGACUGAGCAUGAAGAAGAAUAUGGGGAAAGAAGAGUCACGAGAAGGCUGUCAAUGAGAAGAAUUACGAUCAGAAGGAAUAGUUUGUUGACAGAACAGAAUCCUUCAAAGAUAUAG